AUGACAUGGCAGGAGGGUCGACUUCAGUGCCGGGCGGAACUAGGGCAAAAGUACAAAGGGGAGGAGAUGAUAAGUUUAGAAACACCAACGCCAGGCUCACCGCCCAGUCCUCCGGGUAGCCCACCACUAGAUCGUCCAGGAAGCGCACUACCACCUAGUUCUCCUGGCAGCCCACCACCACUAGAUCAUCCUGGAAGCGCACCACCACCUAGUUCUCCUGGCAGCCCACCACUACUAGAUCAUCCUGUAAGCCCACCACCACUAGAUCAUCCUGUAAGCCCACCACCACCUAGUUUUCCUGGCAGAGCACCACCACCUGGUCGUCCUCGAAUUGCAUCACCACCUGAUUCUCCUGGCGCACCGGCGCCUUAUCUUCCGCCUAGGCCACCUCGUCGUCCUGGUGCACCAACACUCAGUCUCCUGCCUGGACCACCUCGUCGUCUUGAUUCACCACCAACUAGUCUUCAGCCUAGACCACCAGCUCGUCCUGGUGCACCACCAUAUGAUCUUCCGCCUAGACCACUAGCUCUAGCUUGUGCAUCACCACCUGGGCUUCUGCCUAGACCUCCAGCUCGUCGUCCUUGUCAUCCGCCCAUAUCUCCACCUUUUCAUAUUCGUCCUUGUCAUCCGCCUAGAUCUCCACCUGUUCAUAUUGUUCGUAUGUCUAAACCUCCACCUAGACCAUACACUGGGGGAAAGCCACCACCAUAUUAUCCACCAAAAUCAACUACACCGAAUAGGGGGCCAGCAUCAAGCUCAGGGACAAAGGGAGGGAGUCGAGGAGCAUCAAUCCCAGAGACAAAGGGAAGGAGUCAAGGAGCAUCAAGCCCAGAGACAAAGUUAGGGAAUCGAGGAGUAUCAAGCUCAGAGACUAAGGGAGGGAGUCAUGGAGCAUCAAUCUCAGGCACACAAGAUUCAUCAAGCAAGGGAGGUAAAACCAAUGAAACAGAAAAUAGACAAAUUCCCGCUCAAAGGAAUUGGGAGCUUAAGCCUUAUCCUGCAAGUGCUUUGCCGGCGGACCCUCCAGAAAAACAACGAUGCCUUUCUGUUUCUAAAAAGUGCGGCUGCUGCAUACUCUAG